UGUCCUAUAUAUAUGUGCAUAUGCGUAUGAGGUCUCAUUAAAGAGUGCUUGAAUCAAUCCCAUUGAGGUUCCUCUUCAUCUUCCAAUGAGUGAAGAUAGACAGAUUGAUCCAGCAAUCGUUCAUCCAUCCAUUGCUCUUCUGCAAGAAAGGUUCAGACAGUUGGAGAGAGCUAAGGAGAUAAGGCAGGAGAAAGAGCUCUUACGGAUGUUGCCUGAAUCAAGGCAGAUCAAUGCAACUAUGCCUUACGUGCCAUGCAGAUCACUUUUCCACCCUAUACUCAUGCUUCAGUCAGUGUACACUCAAAAGAGAAGCCAGUCUGCAAAGUAGGAAUACCCAGCAACUACAUAGCGAUCAAAAAGGCAAUUCUCUUCUCUCUUUUGAAAUGCAUUCUCAGCAUAGGUAAUGUUAUCCAAUUUGUCACCAUUCCCUUUCCUCUUCAUGAUUUUGGGAAUCAAUUGAGUUACUUCUUUGGCCUUUGACAUUGUUUCCCUUUGUUUAUCUGUGCAAAACAAACAGCACUAACCUUU